UAUAAUAUAAUUAAUAUUCAUCAGAAUAAAUACGUGUCAAUCUGAAUCGUUCAAAAUGAAGUGUAUUUUAAUAUUUAUGCUUGUUUUGAUCAGUGUUCCAAUAUGCCUCACUUCGAAUAUUUUAUAUUUGCAACUUUUGGAAUCACAUAGUCAUCAUUUUUGGAACAGUGCGAUAAGUGACGAACUUGCGAAACGUGGACACAACAUUACAAUACUUUCACCCGACUCCGAAGCAAAACCACCAAAGGGUGUGCAUUACAUUCUUCUUGAAAAUAUGUAUGAUACAGAGUAUAAAACAUUUUAUAAAGGCCUAUUAAAUACAACAGAAAGUAUGAAUCCAUUUCGCGAGGCACUUGCUAUUGUAGAGUGUUGCGAGGUUAUGUGUUCCGCUGCUGUUAGAACAAUGGGUUUUCAAACCUUGCUUAACUAUCCAGAUGACUUCAAAUUCGACUUGAUUUUACAUGAUUUUUCAGUUGGCUCAUGCUUUCUACCUUUUAUACAUAAAUUCAACUAUCCACCAAUGAUUGCGGUCACUGCUUACGGACAUCCGUCAUAUUUGAACCAAUUUAUUGCAGAUCAUCAUCACUAUUCUUAUGUGCCACACAAUUUACUACCAUUCAACGAUGAAAUGACAUUUUCACAACGACUCCUAAAUUUUCUUAUCUACAUGCAGGAAUUUAUUAUUUUCAAGUACUUUUUAAAUCCGCGAUUGGAUGAAAUUGCAACCGAAUACUUUGGUCCGGAUUUUCCGUCCGUCAGUGAAUUGGAAAAAAGAACGUCGUUGGCUUUCGUAAAUACCAACUCGGCCAUAGAUUAUCAUGUAUCGCAUCCGGAAAAUGUCAUCCCGGUUGGUGGACUGCAAAUAAAAGAUCCCAAACCAUUCCCACAGGAGUUGAAAUCGUUCAUCGAUUCAUCAAAAAAAGGAACGGUCAUUUUUGCUUUGGGAUCAAACAUUCGAAGUGAUUGUAUACCGCAAAUGAAGAAAAAUCUCAUUUUAAAAGUUUUAAGUGAUCUUCCGGAUUACAACUUUCUCUGGAAAUUCGAGAGUAAUAUAUCCGAAUCCGAUUUACCAAAAAAUGUUAUGAUUCGUUCUUGGAUUCCUGUGUCAGACGUUUUGGCUCAUCCAAAAGUCAAGGCGAUUUUCUUUCAUGGAGGCCUUUUAACUACUCACGAAGCGAUCUGGAGAUCUGUGCCCAUGAUAAUAAUGCCAUUUGGACUUGAUCAGCGAAAAAAUUUGAUAAAAACAAAGCGAUUUGGAAUUUCGGAAGGAAUAGAAUAUCACUCGUUGAAUUACGAUGAUUUAAAAACUACAAUUUUGAAAGUGCUUAAGGAGCCAUCAUAUGCAAUGAAUAUGCAAAAAGUAUCAGCAAGAUUCAAAGAUCAGAAAGAAAAGCCGCUGGAUAGAGCCAUUUGGUGGAUUGAGUGGCUCUUACGAAAUCCAGAUUGCGAUCAUUUGAAAUCACCUGUUUUUCGACUCGGUUUAAUCGUCGGAAAUUCAUACGAUAUCAUUGCGUUUAUUAUAUUACUUGUCACUGUUAUCUUAAUCAUUUCCCUAAAACUCUUUAGCUAUUGUAUUAGAAAAUGCUCAAGAAAUAUUUAUUCAGAAGAAACUAUGCCACAUAGAAAAUCCGAAUAAAGAACGCACAUUUUAAACAAUAUGAUACUAAUUCCAAUGAUUUAGAAUAAAGCUGAUGAUAGUUUGCGAAUAGUAAUGUAUCGAGGCCAGUAUGUUAAUAACACCAAACAAAGUCAACAUCAUCAACUGAAAUUUACCAAAAU